AGUCCCAAGUCCCACACGACAUGAGUGAGACGACCCGCCGCCGCCGGGGCCGGCCCCGCCGCCACAGCUCGCCGACGGAGCCUGCCGCUCUGCCGGACGACGACGAUCUCCUACGGGAGAUCCUCCUCCGCCUCCCUCCGCAGCCCUCCUCGCUCAUCCGCGCCUCCGCCGUCUGCAGGCGGUGGCGGAGCAUCACCACCGAUCCUAGAUUCCUCGGCCGCUUCCGCGCGCACCACCGCAAGCUGCCGCUCCUCGGCGCCUUCGAGUACAUCCAGGGCGACCUCGUCUUCACCUCCUUGCUCGACCGCCCCGACCGCAUCCCUCCCGGGCGCUUCGACCUGGGACGCUACAGCGACCACCGCGACUACGGCGUGCUCGGCUUCCGCCACGGCCGCGUCCUCGUCUUAGACCAUGUGCGCAAGGACCUCGUCGUGUGCGCCCCCGUCACCGGCGAGCAGCGCCGCGUGGCCGUUCCGCCCGAGUUCAAGACGGUCCACCUCAACGGGGCCGUGCUCUGCGCUGCCGGCGACCCUGGCCACGUGCACGGUGAAUGCCACUCCAGCCCCUUCAAGGUGGCCUUGGUAUCCUUGUGCAGACAUGACUAUAGACCCCUCGCCAGUGUUUACUCCUCAGAUACCGGGGCAUGGAGCAAUCUCGUCUCGACGGCGGCUCCAUGUCAACUGUUUGAUGCUGGUAUGGAUGGCUCACUCGUUGGUAAAGCACUUUACUGGUUGCUUACAACUAUGGAGGCUGGCAUUGUUGAGUUUGAUUUGGAAGAGCAGAGCCUAGUUGUGAUCAAGGGGCCACCCGUUACAGAUGAUUUCCCCGGUGGUGGUACCCAUCGAAUCAUUCAGGCUGAGGAUGGCGCUGUUGGCUUCGCCAUGAUGUCUUACCCACACUUCCAAACGUGGCAAAGGAACGUCGAUGCUCAUGGUGUUGCCACAUGGGUGCCAUGGAAGACCGUUGAUUUGCGUAACAUUCUCGGGCCCCGUCCUCAGAUUGGGAGAACCAGAAGGAUGGCGCGGUUGACACGAGGCUGGGACUAUGUCAAGGGGACGGGAGGUAUAAUGUGCUAUGUUGAGGAUACUGAUGUAAUUUUUAUACAUAUGGACGUCAAUGUCUACAUGAUUCAACUUAAUUCAAUGCAAUCCAAGAGUAUUCCUGGAAAGCGUUUUAGAAGUGCCUACCAUCCAUUCAUGAGUUUCUAUACACCAGGCACAGCCAUUGCUGGUGGAUAUAACGAAGCUGGGAUGGCUGACUGGUUUGAUGUGCGAAUGUGCUGAAACGGUUCAACAUGUGAAGGAACGGCCGCUGCAGUUCUUGCUGAGUCCAUCGCAUCGCAUCGCAUCAAUGUGUUUGACAAACUUUAUAAACUAUCUAAACUAACUUGCUGAAUGUGUGCUAGUCUACCAAAGUUUCGAAUGUAACCGGGUUAAUACAGGGAA